GACUUGAAAAUAAAUUUAAGCUCUCGUAAAGUUCAACUUAUAAUCUUACGGUUGAGUCGUACUAUUUAAGUAAAAUAAAAUGAUGAAUUUGCAGGACGUCGAGCCAUAAUUGUUAAAAUAAGAAUCUUUCGACCCGUCGUUGAGUCGUAAUACUCAAAAUUAAAAUCCGUCUGACCUAUCGUUGAGUCGCACUACGACCCGCUCUUCAUUGAAGAUGGUGGUGGCUCGUAGCGGAGAAUUGUGAACUAUAUUUUAGAAUACGAUAACCGUCUGAUGCAAAGACUCAGAGAUAGAUGCACCAGAGACCUGGAGAUGGCGUGAUUAUCCAUGUUCACUUGUAUUGGAGAAGAUAAACACGUGGGAUAUUAGGCGAGCUUGAAAGGUGUGAGGAACGAUCUCUAACGUUUGUAGUUUUAAUAAAAAGUAUAGAAUAAUGAAGGUGAAAAAUUUACGAAAGAAUCCCUUCGGUCGACCCAAGGAGAAUAGGGACGAGACAAAUGAAGAGGUCGAGGACUCAGGAGCCGGUACUUCGACGGGUAAAAAGUCGGAGGUUACACUGCCUUCGGACAGUAACUUCAACCAUAUCAAGUGCAAAGCUGUGAGGCAACAGAAAUGCCAGAAAUUAAUGAAAGAAAAAGCGAAAGCGAAGAAGGAGGCGAAGAAGGCGCGGAUACAGGCAGGCGGCCCGAAACAAGUACCGCACACUAUCGAGAGUCUGCGAGAGAAGGAUGAGACUAUGAUCGUGGGUGAUUUGGAGGAUGAGGCCAACCUGGAGCUCAAAGUCGAGUGUCAGAACGAUGAAUUCGCGGCAUACUACCGGCAGGACUACGAGCCUAAAGUCCUUAUCACUUAUGCCGAUAACCCGAACAGAAAAACGAGGAUAUUCGGCAGGGAACUCACGAGGAUAAUACCCAACUCGAUUUCUCUGUACAGAAAUCGUUCUGGCGUCAAGAAAAUUGUAAGGAGCGCUAUCCCCAGGAAUUUCACGGACGUAAUAAUAGUCAACGAGGAUCAGUGCAAGCCGAAUGGGAUGUUGGUGAUACAUCUGCCAGAUGGUCCUACCGCACACUUCAAGCUUAGUAAUGUUAAGAUCACAACAGAACUGAAGCGCAGUCACAAAGAGAUCACGGAACACAGGCCGGAAGUUAUUCUAAAUAACUUCACCACGCGUUUAGGCUUCACUAUCGGCAGAAUGCUUGGAGCAUUGUUUCAUUAUCAACCAGAAUUCAAAGGGCGAAGAGCCGUGACAUUCCACAAUCAAAGAGACUAUAUAUUUUUCAGGCAUCACAGGUACGAGUUCAAUCUUAAAACGGGAAAGCCAAGAUUGCGUGAAUUGGGCCCACGAUUCACGCUCAAGUUAAGAUCGCUGCAACAUGGAACGUUUGACAGCAAAUACGGCGAUUAUGAGUGGAUCAUACAAGGCCGCAGGCACGAUAUGGAGACUAGCAGAAGAAAGUUCUUCUUAUGAUUUCUCGAUGUACUGGGAUUA